UCUUCGAGGGAAAGUGCAGCGAUGGAAAAUCGGCGGAAUAUAACCGAUUUGCCGCUGGAAGUGCUGAAUCGUAUAUUCAGAUACUGUGGAAACACAGUCAACAAGGUGAACUUGGCCCAAGCGCAUCCAUAUUUUGUGGAAGCAUUUGUUUACCACAGUCGAAAUGCCUUCAAAGACAUAUAUUACUUCACUGGAAUAAGCAUGAGUUGCUGGGAAUUUAUUCUGCCGCUUUGCGGAUCCAAUGUGAAUCUCAUUAAAAGAACAGCGUAUAAGACCAAUGAUCUUAGCUUGGACAACUUGAUUUUACAGCAUUGUCACAACUUGAAAGACAUUAGUUUCAAAUUUGAUGUCGAAGGCUUGAGCUAUGUUUCCAAUUUCAUAAGCGACAAAAAAAACUCAGUCAAGACACUUGAUCUGUACUUCCACGGAUCAAGGACAUCGGAAGAUCAAAUCAAGUUACUUGAGGACCUGCCUGACUUACCUCAUCUGACAAAGCUGCGGAUAAAACAAACUCCUUCUGACGAUCUGCAUUGCAUACAAAAGUUCAUAAAUUUGACGGAGCUGGAUUUAGAAAUAGUUCGAGAGUUUUAUCCGAAGGCUGGACCCGCCGAUCCAGUUGAUAUAUUCUCCAUCUGUGCCCCCCUCAAAAAGCUUCGACUUCUCAAAGUAAUAGGAAUUGAUAUAGCAUCUGACGAUCCUGAGUUCAAUCCGACAUUAAAUUCUUUGGAAGAUUUGAACAUUGUUCAUUGUGAUAUUUCAAUGGAGUUUCCCGUUUUUCCCAAGCUUAAAGUAAUCAAAUUUAAUUAUAUAGGAACCAUUACCAGUGCGUCUUCAGUCCGCAGAUCUAUUAUUAAUCAGGGAGAAACCCUGGAGAGAUUGCUUUUCAUUUCUGGAACUACGCCUUAUGAUGGCGAGGGACUACUUGAACUGGUUAAAGGAUGCAGAAAACUUCGAUACUUUCUGGCUCCAAUACACGAGGUUAAGUUCCACUUGGACCUUGUUAAAAGAUUGGUUACUGCUUUAGGGGAAAACGGGUUCACGCCAGACGAUCCUUUGGAACUGGUGAUGGACGAGUAUUUCAAACUCAAGUGGCUUUGUCACUGGAUGAAGUUCACAUCAAAUGAAAAGUUAAUUAAUCCUCGUCUGAGUGGGCCUGAGGAAUAUAAACUAAAAAGCCCCUAUUGGUAAUAAAAAAGUAGAGAGAAGUUAAAUUUAUGCUAAGUUGCACUUAAAACAUAAAUUUAUAAAUUGACGGUAUCAACACAAGCGAACACUAUAACAAAUAUAAGUAUGUAGUAUACAAAUUAUUGUGCAUUUAAAGGUUUAAAUAAAUAAAAACAAGGUCUGUUAUAGAAUGUCA